AUGAGGUAUGGAUUACCCCCAGAAAGAUUGUGGAUUAGUGUAUUUGAAGAUGACGAUGAGGCAUUCUCUAUUUGGCUCAAUGAGGUUGGUGUACCAAAGGAACGAAUAAAGAGGAUGGGCGAGGAUGAUAAUUUUUGGACUAGUGGUGCCACUGGACCUUGCGGACCAUGUUCUGAAAUGUAUUAUGAUUUCCAUCCUGAGAGAGGAUCCUUGAAUGCGGAUUUGAAUGAUGAUAGCCGAUUUAUCGAAUUCUAUAAUCUUGUCUUCAUGCAAUACAACAAAAAUGAUGAUGGAUCUCUAGAACCAUUGAAACAAAAGAACAUUGAUACAGGAAUGGGGCUUGAGCGUAUGGCGCGCAUUCUUCAAGAUGUUCCAAACAAUUACGAGACAGACUUGAUUUUCCCAAUAAUGGAAAAGGCAGCAAGCAUGGCACUAGUUUCCUACAGUAAAGCUGAUGAUGCUAUGAGGACAAAUCUUAAAGUAAUUGGUGAUCACAUGAGGGCAGUUGUUUAUCUCAUAUCAGAUGGGGUCAUCCCCUCGAAUAUUGGGAGAGGAUAUGUUGUUCGAAGGCUUAUAAGAAGGGUAGUCCGGACUGGUAGAUUGAUAGGUAUGAGAGGUGAUGGGCACGAGAACUCUGAAGGUGCAUUUUUACCUUCUCUAGCUGAGACAGUAAUUAGCCUUAGCAGGGAGAUAGAUCCAGAUGUUGAAUCAAGGCGGAAAUCGAUUCUUGGAGAACUUCUAAGGGAAGAGCUGCGAUUUGUACAGACUCUGGGAAGAGGUGAAAAGUUAUUAGAUGAACUUCUGGAUGAGGCAUUAGGUAGUGCUGGCGGGGACAAGCCUUGCCUAUCUGGAAAAGAUGUAUUUCUUUUAUAUGAUACAUAUGGUUUCCCCAUAGAGAUUACAGCUGAAAUAGCUAGUGAACAGGGUGUUACUAUUGAUAUGAAGGGGUUUGAUAUUGAAAUGGAAAACCAAAGAAAACAAUCUCAGGCUGCUCACAAUGUUAUCAAACUUUCUGUAGGAAAUGAGACCGAGAUUGUCAAAAGUAUCCCUGAUACUGAAUUUUUGGGCUAUGAGUCCCUUUUUGCAACAGCUGUUGUUAAAGGUCUUUUAAUUAAUGGAAACCCAGUAGAAAAUGUUUCAGAAGGUACUGAUGUGGAAAUACUAUUAGACCGAACACCGUUCUAUGCUGAAUCGGGUGGUCAAGUUGGAGACAAUGGUUUCUUAUAUGUGUAUGGAGAGGAAGGUGGAAAACAAAAUGCAGUCAUAGAAAUCAAAGAUGUCCAAAAAUCCCUGGGGAACAUCUUUGUUCACAAAGGCACAAUUAAACAGGGGUCAGUCGAGGUUGGAAAGAAAAUCGACGCUGCAGUUGAUGGAAAACUGAGGCAGGGAGCCAAGGCUCAUCAUACUGCUACACAUCUACUACAGUCCGCUCUUAAAAGUGUCAUUGGUUCAGAGACAUCACAGGCUGGAUCCCUUGUGGCUUUUGACCGUCUCCGAUUUGACUUCAGUUUCCAUCGGCCCCUUGCAGAAAAGGAGUUACUGGAAAUUGAAUCACUAGUGAACCAAUGGAUUAGCGACGCAACACAUCUCGAGACAAAUGUGAUGGCAUUGCAAGAUGCGAAAAAUGCUGGUGCCACUGCAAUGUUUGGAGAAAAAUAUGGUGAACAGGUUAGAGUUGUCGAGGUCCCUGGGGUGUCGAUGGAACUGUGUGGUGGAACUCAUGUCAGUAAUACUGCGGAGAUCCGUGGAUUCAAGAUAAUCUCAGAACAGGGAAUAGCUUCUGGAGUCAGAAGGAUUGAGGCAGUUGCAGGUGAUGCAUUUGUUGAGUAUGUUUGUUCACGGGACAACUACAUGCGACACUUAUGCUCUUCGCUUAAGGUCAAAGCAGAAGAUGUCAACAGCAGAGUAGAAACAAUUCUUGAAGAACUAAGAACAGCGAGAAAUGAAGCAUCAUCUCUACGCAGCAAAAUCGCAGUGCUUAAAGCAGCAUCCCUGGCAAGUAAAGCUGUACUCGUUGAACCUCAUAAUGUCAGGAUCCUAGUUGAGAACAUGGGGGAUGUGGAUGCUGAUGGGCUGAAAAGCGCAGCUGAGCAUCUCGUGGGAACCCUCCAAGACCCAGCCGCGGUGAUUUUAGGUUCAAGUCCAGGAGACGGUAAGGUGAGCCUGGUCGCUGCCUUCAGUCCUGGAGUCGUGAAAUUGGGAGUGCAAGCAGGCAAGUUUGUGGGUGGAAUAGCGAAACUUUGCGGUGGAGGUGGUGGUGGCAAACCGAACUUUGCGCAGGCUGGCGGUCGGAAGCCAGAGAACUUACCGGAUGCCCUAGAGAAGGCUAGAGCUGAAAUUGUUGCAGCGGUAUCUUCAAAAGCCAGCUGA